AUGGACCCUUCCUUGUCCCAGCCUGGCCAGCGGCCACGGCCACCAUAUCCGCGCGCUCCCUCUCGUGCCUCUACCAUUGCUAGCAACACCCGCAGCGUGAGCAGCUCCAACACCUCGCACAUGCAGCCCGCCUCGCCUGCCCAGUCCUUUUCUCACCCUCAGCGUUUUCACUGCACCGCCACCGCGGCGUCCCCGCGAUCCAGCUCACGAGCCACGCCCCAGCUCUCCCGCGAGGCUAGCGGCGACCUCGCCCGACCUCCCACGAUGUCGACCUUUCUACAAGAGAAGCUUCAAAAGGAGCGCAGGGCAGAAAGCGAGAAGCUCGGCUCCUCCACCUCGUCCCGUCACAACCUCGACCUGAGCGCCUCCGUCGACCUUGGCCGUGUCGCCACCGAUAGGUCCUUUCGAUCCUCCGACCACGAGCCACAACGGCCACAGUCCAGCACCGGCAUGGAGUCGGGCAAGAAGAAGGGCCUCGGCUUGAAGGAAAUGGAGCAGGUCGUGUCAUCCCUCCACAAGCAAAACUUUGACUUGAAGCUCGAACUGUAUCAUCGCCGCGAACGACAGACCAAGAUGGAAGAGCGCCUUGAAGCGCUCGAAGCCGAGAAGCAAGUCUCCCAAAAGCUGACGGACAAGCUGCUGGCCGACUUAGACAAGCGCGACAAGGCCAUCGAGGAGGCUGUCAGCAUGAUUGUUGAGCUCGAGGCCAAGGUCGACCAGCUGCUUAACGAGCGCACCAUGGUCCAGCAUGUCGAGAGCCAGGGAUUCUACGCGUCAACCGACGGCUUCGACGAUUACAACGACUCAACAGCCAACUCGUCUACUGGGGACCUAGCACCGCUCCCGGACCGCUCCAAGACGCCUACUGUGACUCGCAUGCCCAGCUUCCUCUCUGAUCGCAAACCGACCACCGAAAAUCUGAGAAACAUCUACGUUGGAAACCGCGCCAGCGUCAUGAGCCUGCGAUGCGUAUCCGGCGGUCACUCAGAAGCAGACAACGCUAUGGUGAACGGCUUGGCCAGCCCUACGUUGAGUGUUCUCAGUGAGAGUUCUUUCAUCAGUGUCUACGGCCAAAAGGGUGACACGACCGUCGUUCCUGAUUUCGAUGAGCCCAUCGCUUUGAGCGGCUUCGAUGGUAGCUCUCCAGUUGUGGUACAGGAAUCGCCUCCAAAGAGUCAUGUGAACAACAACCAUUUACUUGCUGGCAAGUAUCAGCAAGAAUACAGGCCCGCUACGGUGCAGCCUGUCAGAGACUUGCUGACCCAGAACUCACCGCGCCAGCGCCGGGAGAGAAGCAACUCUGAGGCUCGUCCCACCGCGGCAGAUACUGCGACUCACCACAUUGUCCGCAGCGAGGCUUCUCACAUUCAGCAUUGCAACAACAGUGUUCACGGAUCACCUGCCCGCCGGUCUAUGAAGGAUGAAAAGAGAGCUGCAUUGAGAAAGGUCGUGACGGACGCCGGUGGUGUUCGUCUCCACGACCAAGCGUUGCCUCCGACGCCAGAUACCAUCUCGUCGUCGACACUGCAAAGGUACAAGAACUCCAACGAAAAUCUCUCAGUGCGCCAUCAAACGUCAAACGAAAGACAGAGAAUCCCGUCAAACGAGACACGACAAGCGCGGGAGACCCAGAGCGCAGAACAAAGCGGCGGCGUGUCCCUGAUGCAAAAGGAAGCUCCGCGCAACGUACGCAGCUCGCGACCUGACACUGGUGCAAUGCCUAGCUACGACCUGUACGGUGCCAAAAACAUCCCACGGCCUCGCUCAGCCGGCGACACGACAGUCUCUCACAAACGGAAAAACUCGUGGGACAGCGACGACUCAGACACCAAAUCGCUCCAGUCCAGUCUGGAUAUCUGGAUGCGCGAAAGCACCAAUCCCCAGAGGACGACGGGCCGCGUUUCGCCGGACCUCUUUGGGUUCCCGACCAGCAUGGCCAAUGGCGGCUGGGCGGCCAGCUCCCUCUUCGACCCCAAGCAGAGGCUCGGCGCCAUGCCCAGCACCGACUACAUGCACGACUUACUAUCCUUGCGAGAGGCAUUGCUGUCGCCUAACCUACCGCCCCCGCCCCCGCCGGAUAGACGCUCAAGCCUGCACGGACAUGUUGGCCGUUCCGCCUCGGCUAUGCCCACGACUGAGAAGCCGCUCGCCGCCGAGGGCACAUGGCAGCCGCCACCGCCAUCUGAUGUCGCUGCUGCAGCUCGGAAUCGUCGCAAUAGUGAUGCGGUCGACCUCCGUUCCAGCACGCGCACACCCGUUCAAGGCGAACACAAGCGAGGCAACAGCAACGCCAGCCAGCACCCGCCCAUCUCGUGGCAGCAGGGUCCACGAGCCGGCCUCAAAGGACUGUUCCGACGCUCCCUGCCCGGUAAUGGCGGGCCACCAGCAGCAGCGUCGCCCGCCAAGGCUGAAUCCAGCCCGGGUACGCAGGAGACGGAUACUCCAUCGACAGCGGCGGGAUGGGCCCCCCGCAGCAGCGCCGGCGCGAAUGAUUGUGAUCGUACCGGCGCGACGCCCCCGCCCAUCAUGCUCAACAAUCCGCGCCAGGCCGCCCGGCGCAGCUCCGCCGCGACUGCCACCUCGUACGAAGGCGGCGGCGGCGGCGGUGGUGCCGUGGUGUCGCCUGACGCACAGUCCCUCCCGGCAGCCGACGCCAUAUCCCAGCAUAGCAUCCCGCACUCGCAGUCGACGACGGGAGGGCGACGCAAGUGGCUGCCGGGCUUCUCGCGCAACAAGGCGUGA